AUGGAGUGGGAGCUCAACUUCCUGCUCUACCUGGCGCUCUUCUUCUUCCUGCUCUUCCUACUCUUCCUCCUGCUCUACGUGCUCAUCAAGCAGCUGAAGAACUCCGUGGCCAGCUCGGCCGGGGCGCUCCAGCCGGGGCGCCUCUCGCUGCGCCGGGAGCCUUGGAGCUUCUCCCACGAGCAGGCGGUGUGA